AUGUACAUGACACAACCAGAAGGUUUAGAAUCCAAAAAAGCCAACAAGUUUCAAGCAAACCCCGGUGAGAAAUACUGGAUAGCGGUUGAAAACAUUCUUAAGCACCUGAGAAGGACUAAAGAUGUGUUCUUGAUCUAUGGAGGAGAUGAACUAAAGGUUCAUUGUUGGAAAAGUUCCAAACAUGAGACAAAUGCUGAUUCAACAAUAGAAGCCGAGUACAUUACUACUUCUGAAGCAGUGAAGGAAGCUGUCUGGAUCAAGAAGUUCAUUAAUGAACUGGAGUCGUUCCUAGCACUGUUGAUCUCACACCUUUGA